AUGGCGCCAAUCGACCGCUGCUUGGCCUCCAUGGCCAGGCUGUCCCUCCUUCAGACUCCUCGGCCCGCAAUCCCCACGAUACCCCGAUUCCUCGCACCAGCCGCCGCACAGCAGGUCCGCAAUGCCUCGGUCGUCCGCAUCAGAAAGACCACCAAGAAGAAGAAGCCGCUUCCCAAGGAUUUCAAGAGGCAUAACCUUACCAAGAGGGACUUUCCGCAGCAUUCGCUAUGUGAGGCUAUGAGGGUCCUCCGAGCCGUCGAAGUCGGUCAACCCCCCGCCUCGGUCAAGUACGAGGUACACAUCAACCUCAAGACAGCCCGAAACGGACCCGUCAUCAAGAACAGCGUCCGCCUCCCCCACCCCGUCCAGAGCGACUGGCAGAUCGCCGUCGUGUGUCCCGAGGGCAGCGAGAUCGCCCGCGAGGCCACCGCCGCUGGAGCUGUGGCUGUCGGUGAAGAGACCCUCUUCGAAGCCAUCCGCCAGGAGCAGAUCAACUUUGACCGCCUCAUCUGCCACGAGGCCAGCGAAAAGGCCCUCAACAAGGCCGGUCUCGGAAAGAUCCUCGGCCCCAAGGGCCUCAUGCCCAGCAAGCGAAUGCGAACCAUUGUUCCCGAUGUUGUCAAGUCGAUGCGAGACUCGGCCGGUGCGGCAGACUACCGUGAGAGGCAGGGCGUCAUCCGCAUGGCUAUUGGCCAGCUGGGUUACACACCCGAUCAGCUCAAGGCCAACAUCAAGGUGCUGUUGACCAAGAUCAAGGCCGAAUGCGCCGAGAUCUCAGAGGAGGUGCACAAGGAGGUGCACGAGGUGAUUCUCAGCACGACCAAUGGGCCGGGCCUGAGCCUGAACGGAAAGCUGAAGGACGCAGAGGAGAAGAUUACCCCCGAGGCCUUGUCGAGCAUCAUGUAA